CGAAGGAAAACACCCGAGGGACGCGGGCAAGCACAAGAUGGCGGCGCUGGCGGCCAGCCAAGUCCCAGGCGGGGCUGCUGCCGCCGCCAUUGGGCGCCCUUCCCCUCCCCUCCGGUAUACGCUUAUGUCGGGUCUUCCACAGAGGCCCGGGCCUGGCAGUAGGAAAGCGGCCGGUCUCCAACGGACUGAAGAGAAGAACGGACAGUGCUGGAGCCCGCAGUGACUUGCUGCUUUCCCUCUCUGCUUCCUGCUUGGCGAGUCGAGGAGAGGUUUGGAGGGCAGGAGGAGCCGUGUCCUUGUUCCUCCUCGUUUCCAGUGCCAGGAGCAGGCCCAGCCGCUGCGCCACGCCAGCUCUGCUCCAGCCAGGCUCCCCGAGACCCGCGCGGCUGGCCGCAGCGUGCUUCAGAGAGGACUGUAGCGGUGGUCUUCUUCAGACUCUGCUGCGGAUAACAAGGACGUUUUAGCUUCUCCCGUUUGUGGGACAGUUGCCUCAGAAGAAGUGCUCCGCAAAGCGGCCGAACAGAGGAAGCGUGACGAGACCCCGUGGGAGUUGCUCCUGGCCUGGAGAAACAGGUGAAUUCGCCCUUGGCAGGAGGCCAGGAAUGAGCCUGACAUCUAUGAGACCAGUGACCUGCCCGAGGACGACCAGGCUGAGUUUGAGGCGACACUCGCUGCUGCCUCCCCUCAGCCAGACGGCCCCCCUAACACUGCUAGUGCUGCUCCUGCUGUUCUCGCUCCUCUUGUCCAUCUGCGGUGCGCCAGGGCUCCCCAAAAGUGCUCCAGGCCACAGCCAGGCACAGGGGCUGAAGAGGGGCUACCAUGGCCAAGGGCAGCAGGAGGAGCUCACCAGCACCAGUGUGGAGCAUCUCAUCAUCAAUCCCAAUGCUGCUUACGAGAAGUUCAAGGACAAGCACCUGAGCACUGAGGGAGUGGAUUUCUCUGAUCGCAUCACCAAGACCAGGAGAACGGGUUACGAGUCUGGGGAGUAUGAAAUUCUUGGUGAGGGUCUUGGUGCCAAAGAGACACCCCAGCAGCGAUACCAACGGCUGCAGCAUGAGGUACAGGAGCUGGUUAGGGAGGUUGAGCAGAUCCAGUGCACGGUGAAGGAGUCAGCAGCAGAGGAAGAGCUGACACCCAUGGCCUUGGCCAGACAGGUUGAGGUCCUGAAGCAGCAGUUGCUCUCCAGCCACCUGGAGAAGCUGCUGGGUCCUGCCGUGGCCAUAGACUUUGCAGACCCCAGCGGUGCCGUGGCCAAACGCCUGCUGCAGCAGCUGGAGGUGGUGAAGUGCAGCAAGGCGACACCAGGGAAGAGCCCUGCCAAAGGACCAGCGCCCACCAGAGAUGCUGUCACCUUUGAGCUGUACUGGAGGCCAGAGCAGGACCAGUUUGCCCAGACCGCCAAGAUUGCGGAGCUGGAGAAGCGGCUGGCACAGCUGGAGGCAACAGUACGGUGUGAGCCCCACAGCCAGGUGAGAGGCCAGGAGCUCCUGCCCUGCCGCUCUCCUCCCCCCCAUCCUGCCCCACUGAUGCAAUUUACUUCCCCACAGAAUCCGUUGUUGGUCGGGCUGAAAGGCACCAGCCUCGUGGAGACCAUGCAGGUCCUACAGGCCAAGGUCAACAUCCUGGACGUGGCUGUGCUGGAUCAAGUGGAGGCCCGGCUGCAGAGCGUCAUGGGGAAAGUGAAUGAAAUCGCCAAGCACAAGGCAACUGUGCAAGAUGCCGACACCCAGAGCAAGAUCCACCAGAUCUAUGAGAUGAUGCAGCGCUGGGACCCUGUGGCCAGCACCCUGCCUGAUGUUGUGCAGAGGUUGGUGACCCUCAGGGACCUGCAUGAGCAAGCUACACAGUUUGGGCAGGUCCUUGUGCACUUAGACACAACGCAGCAAGAGAUAGCUGGUGCUCUGAAGGACAACACUGUGCUGCUGGCAGAGGUCCAGAAGACAAUGAAAGAAAACCUAGCCAUUGUAGAGGACAGCUUUGCAGACAUAGACACCCGCAUCAAGCAGCUGCAGAAGUGAGAGCACCCUGGAGACACCACCCCUACCAUCGGGCAUACCUACCCUGUCCUAGGCCCUGCAGCCGCCUGGGAAUGACUGCUUCCCUUCACAGGUACCAGCCCCGCUUGUAUAUAGCCUGGCUCUGCCCCCCUGCUCGGUGUGGGAGCUGGAGGGGUCCACCCCACUUCUGCAUUCCCACUCGGGGAUGGGGAGCUCUGUGGCCCCCCCAAUAAACAGCUCAGCUCGAA